AUGCCUCAAGAGCCGGCACCUGGCCACAUCCUGUUUGCCCAGUUUGGGUCUGAAGCCACACAGAACGCUGUCAUGAUCAUGACGCAGUCUGGUAAGCUUCUUUGGCAGUCGGACCCAGCAGCGACACAGCUCGUGUCGAAUCUUACACCCGCCAGGCUCUUUGGCAAGGAUGUUCUCGUCUACUGGGAGGCCAGCAGCGCAGUAGCAACCAACCUGCCCGUCAGUUCUCACGGCUGCAUCCGCAUCCUGGAUGAUUCCUACCAGUCCAUCUACAAUGUGACCCUUGCCGAUCCAACUUUGUCAACAAAUGGUCAGUUUGACUCUCUCAUCGACCCGCAUGAGGCGUUCGUGACACCAUCUGGCACAUUGCUAGUGCUCGCCUACGACGUGCAGCCAUGGGACCUGAGUGCGGUUGGUGGUCCGCGCAAUGGAUGGAUCCAUGAUGGUGUAGUGUACGAAAUCGACAUUGCCACCAACGACAUCCUCUUUCGCUGGCGUGCCUCAGACUACAUCCCAAUUACGAACUCGCAUGCACCGUUACCUCUUGCCCGCGAUGAAGUUGGCGGGUUGUCUUCGCCGCCAUGGGACUACUUACACCUGAACAGUGCUACCGUCUUUGAGGAUGGCAUCGUGGUGUCGUGGCGCCACACUUUCGACGCGAUCUAUAUUGACCGAAGCACUGGCGACGUCAGGUGGACGCUACAGGGUGACGAUGGUGGUGAUUUUGCCAUGACCCCAGCAGCAGCGUUCCAGUGGCAGCAUGAUGUACACAUCCACAGAUCAGCAGAGGGGCAGAUGUUGCUGAGCAUGUUCAACAACCGCAACAAUGGGACUUUGCCGCUGAACGAGACCUAUGGCAUGCUCUUGGAGCUGACGGAUGGCGAGGCUGAUGGUCACGCUGUUGCAAGUACGCGCAUAUACAGGGACGUCAACGAGGCCAUUAGUUCUGUGGCUGGCGGAAGCAUGCAGGUGCUCGAUAACGGCAAUGUCUUUGUCGCAUACGGCACGCAACCGGUGAUCAAAGAGUAUUACGAGGAUGGCACGGUGGCUCAGACGUUUCGUUUUGGACCACGAGGCUCGCACGUGUUCCCUGGAGCUGGAGCGUACCGUGCGAGAAAGCACGAGUGGAAAGGAUAUCCAGCGACACGGCCCAAGGUCACAGGCUGCCUACGCAACGAUGGGACCGCUGAUGUGUGGAUGAGCUGGAAUGGUGCGACGGAGAUGCACAGCUGGAACUUAUAUGGAGGCGGGCCAGGUGGCGACCUUGAACUCGCCGUCGUAGAGGCUCCGCGGGAUGGGUUCGAGACAAAGGUCACCGUCGCAGCUGGACGGUUUAUCCAGGCAGAGGCGCUGGGAGGAUGUCGCGGUGCGAACGAGACGAGACGGUCGAGCAUUGUGGCAAUUGUGGACGACUGCGCCUCGUGGUGAUCUGGAACCAAAUUGCGAGGCAUGUACGAUAGCGCCCCCCCCUUCUCACAGGCGACAGUCACGAGCAUGUCAGAAGCUACCAUCACGUGUAGUGUGCACGUCGAGAUGUCUCGACCGAAAAAUUUCUCCGGGACCCAACACAUGGAAGAAACAGGCCGGAGGGUAAGUGGUCGAAGGAGAAGCCUUGUGAGCCCUCCUGGGGAUUCCUCUCUCCUCCAAUUUCCCCUCCAAGACCUGCCAUUGAUAUUGACGAAAGCCAGAGUGAAUAUGAAGGUUUG